UCUCAGUUCUUUUUUUUAUUUUAUUUUUUAUUUUAUUUGUUCUGUUCAGAAUGGUCAAGCUCGUUGCUGCUCUGGUUGGAACUGUGGCUCUGCUUGCGUUCGCUGCUGCGACUGCGUCUGCCUACCGCCCAGGCGGCUGCGAAGUGUGCCUGAAGGCAGUGGAAACAAUCCAGGCAUCGUGCUCUGCCAAGGAGCUGACCGACAUGAAUGCGAUUGAGGCCAAGACCCGCGAGUUCUGCGCGUCGGCCACUGGCAAGGACAACCGCUGGUGCUAUUUCGUCGGCGGCACUGAAGACGCUGCCACUGGCCUGCUCCGUGAGGUGUCUCGCCCCAUUUCACUCGGACUGCCCAAGGAGAAGGUUUGCGAGCGCCUUGAAAAGCGCGAUCCUCAGAUCUGCGAUCUCAAAUACGACAAGCCAAUUGACCUGAACGCCAUCGACGUCAACACUCUCCGAGUCCGCGAGCUCAAGAAGGUCGUCAACGAUCUCAACCUCGACUGCAAGGGCUGUGCCGAGAAGGCCGACUUUGUCAAGCGCAUCAACGAUUACAAGAAGACGCUCAAGCCCGAGUUGUAGAGCAGUGCAGUGUCGGUUCUUCUCCCCACCUUUUUUUAUUUUUUCCAGCAAUACAAACCAUCUUCUUCUCUA